AUGCCUAAGGCAAGCCCUCAUGAGGAGCAGUGGAUGCACAAGGCCAGGAGAGGAGAGGAGGCUGUGGAAUGCUUCAGCAAGCACCCCCUGCAGAACAGGUGGGCCCUUUGGUUCUUCAAAAAUGACAAGAGUAAGACCUGGCAGGAUAACUUGCGGCUUAUCACCAAAUUCGACACCGUGGAAGACUUCUGGGCGCUGUAUAGCAACAUCCAACUGGCCAGCAAGUUGACAUCAGGCUGCGACUAUUCCCUUUUCAAGGAUGGCAUUGAGCCGAUGUGGGAAGAUAACCGGAAUAAGCGCGGUGGGCGUUGGCUUAUCACAUUGUCCAAGCAGCAGCGGCAUGCAGAGCUUGACCGUUUCUGGCUGGAGACUCUGCUGUGCCUGAUUGGAGAGAUGUUUGAUGACUACAGUGAAGAUGUCUGUGGGGCAGUCAUCAACAUCCGUGCUAAGGGGGACAAGAUCGCAAUCUGGACCCAGGAGGCAGAGAACCGAGAUGGCGUAAUACAUAUUGGGCGUGUUUACAAGGAACGCCUGGGCCUGUCUUCCAAAAUGGUGAUUGGUUAUCAGGCUCAUGCAGACACUGCCACCAAGAGUGGCUCCCUCAUGAAGAACAAAUUUGUGGUGUGA